CCACCUUGUGUGUACAAUUCUUGACGUCAGCAACCAAUAAAAAUUUUCAUUUUCAAAAACAUGAACCAAAAAGUCCCUGUAAUCAAUAAGCGCAAAGGCAGUUUGAAAACCAAAUAUCGAUAGCUAUAUUUGAAUAUAAAAGCUUAUGUAUUUUCUGGUUGGAAUCUCUUAAAAUCCAUUUUUAUUGUUCUCAACCAUUUAUAUCAAAAGCAUGUUGAGGAUCAUUCGAAAAAUUAAUUGAUUAGUUAGAUACGAAGAUCUGACACGAAUCAAAACAAGAAAUAUUUAUAUGAUAUCCUCACAAAAAGUCCAUCGCCAAUAAAAAAAUUCGUAUUGAAAAUUUGCUCGAGUACAACGUUUUUACAACUAUAUAUAGCAGAAAAGGCUCGAACUAUCUAGAACUUAGGAAUCCAAUAAAGUGCAGGUGAAACUCUGUAAAACAUUUCCCCCGUUGCGCCUUCUUGAGAAGGACGACUUGUUUUUCUUUAUACAAUCCAUUAAAAAAUUGUUUGCUGAAGUUCAUGGUACAAGGUUUGUACGGUUUCCCGUUUAAAGGGUGAAUCUCCAACAAAUGCGUGCUCUGCUCUUGGUGAUCUGUCUCCUAUCUACGGAGCACGUGACCUGUCAAUAUUGUCCCCAAGGAACGUGCUACGCUGGGAGUUUGUCUAAGGACCACGUGACCGAGGGCCGUUAUCUGUGGGGGGCCUCGUACCGGAAUCUGAGCUCAGUGGCGGGUCCUCAGACGUGUCACUCGGCGUGUGUCGGCGACUGUCGGUGUCGAGCGUUCCAGAUCUCGGGAAAGCGAUGCGAGUUGCUUGCGGAAGACAAGGACUCCCUGCCGAGUACAAGAUUUCUACACGAAGCAAGCUAUCACUACUAUGAUCUUAAACAGAGGAUCGUUAAGAACUCGCACUUCAGCCCCUGUAGAAAUGGUUGUUGUAUGAGUGAGCUUUGUAGAAACGGAGGGACAUGCACGGAGCAUUGUGAAGAUCCCAAGAAGAAGUUCUCGUGCACUUGCCCGUCCACGUGCACCGGGAAAAGAUGUGAGAAAUGUGGAAUCUACAAGUCAUGCCGCGACCACCUCAUCGCCUACCGCCAGCUCGGCCAGGAGAUAUCUGAUGGUGUUUACAAAAUACAGACUGGUUACCUGAUAUUUCCUGUCUACUGUGUAUUUGAAGCUACCAGAGUCUGGACUCUGCUGGAAUCAUUCGCUUUUGAAUACAAGCUUGAUUUUGCCAAGAAAACCUUUCUAGAAGCAGACAACACUAUGUUCAAUGAAGACACCCCGAACUGGAUUAGGUACAGGCUAUCCCACUCACGCAUGAGUCAUGUGCGUAUUGACGCCACGAUGUUCAAAGCCACGUGUGCCUACGACCAAAAGACCACCAUUUCUGGAUGGCCACGUGACCAACUGAUCGCGCGAUUGUCUGAAUAUGACGUUAUGACCCCAGGUGUUUACGGUCAAUGUGUGAAUGUGGAAUCAGUUAUUAUAAGAAAUCAGUCUUGUUCCGGUUGUACGGUCGGUAUUUAUCAAGCUCAAAACUCGGUUCAUAUAUGUCUAGACACGACACAUCAUUCAUGUUCAUUUAAUCCCACGGGAGCGGUAGAAAGUGAAGACAGUUUCGGAUUUUAUGGUUUUACUAACCCUGAAUCGACGUGCUGCUCUAGUCAAGAAGCCACAACACAAUGGUGGCUUGGUCAUGAACUCACCAAUGCGAAAGUGUCACCAGCUGACCUUGGAUAGAAAGUCAUAAAUAUUGCACAAGACUUGACUAAGUUAUCUACUCAGCGUCACCAGUUGAUAUGAAGUCAACAAUGAAGAAGGACUUAACUGAAUAGGUGCGUAGCCAGGGGGCCAGCCCUCCCCCCCCCAGCCCAAAUUCCAGCAUUUCCAGCAGCCAAAAAUAUAGUAAAUGUAUGAAAUAAUGAUUAAAAUACAGAAGAAAAUGUCUGAUAUGGGCCAUUCUGUUAAAAAUUCUGGCUACGCCCCUUCUGGACUAUUUACCAAGUGUCACAAGUGGUGGCUUGGAUAUGAAGUUAUCACUAAUGCAUAAGGAAUUGACUGAAUUAUCUACACAGUGUAACCAUUGUUUGCUCAGAUAUAAAGUAAGCAAAAUAUAUAAGGACUUGACAGAACUAUCUACGAAGUGUCACCAUUAGUUGUUUGGUUAUGAAGUCAUUACUAAAGCAAAAGGAUUUGACUAAAUUAUCUACUUAAUGUCACCAUUGGUGGCUUUGUUAUAAAAAAGAACACAGCACAUUCUAUGAUUAUCGACAACGUCACCAGUUUACUUUAGUCAAUUACGUAAUAAUCUCUGAUAAUCUCCGAUUAUGGAAAAAGCGCUGUGUCUAUUGGAAGAUUCUUUAAGGAUGUGACUGAUAGUUUAGAGCGUAUUGCCUGUUAAGAUUCUUUUGUCUCUUGUGGAUACGUCAGGCAUCCGGAAGUAAAUUGGUACGAUUCCUGAUAUCGAUCAAUGGCUGUCGUUUCUCUAAAUAGUCUAAAAGAGCCUGGGGCGAGCGCGACAUUCUAAAACGUUAUGGACUAGGCUCCAUUUCCAAGAUAGCUGCCAGCAAAAUCGUAGUAAAUACGAAUUUCUGCAAGUUUACAUUGAAAAUCUCAAGUUAGAAUAACCAUUGUUUUUAAAACAAGAUUGACUGAUAUAUUAUAUAUAUGUUAACCACAUUGUAAGUACAAAGUUUGUAUAUAAUUCAAGUAGUUCAAGAGCCUCGUCUAAGAAGAAAACUAUGAAUAAGCGCCUCCACCUCCCCCCCGAAUAAGCGCCUCGCCUAAGCGUUUUGCACCGACGACUAGAGGGACUAGGUUGGAGGGUAAUGAUCUGCCCCGGGGGAUCUGCCACAGCAUUUUAUUAUUGAAAGCUUGUAUUGUUAUGGCUCUGGGUGGAUUUACUCCUUGCCCGUUGUAUAAAAAAGAGUAUUGUAUUGUAUAUUGCACUGUAAACCAAACGGUUUCUCAAUAACUCAAUAAAGCAACAAUUAAAACCA